AUGUCGGUCGUAGCCGCACCUCCCCCGACUGUCCUCCCCUCCGAGGAUGGUAGCCUCUACACUAACGGUGGCACCACCAUCGGCGAGCGUGAUGGCACACUCACCCCUGACGGCUACGCCUCCGACGGUACCAUCGGCCCUGAGGUGAUCAACCUGCUCUCGGAUGACGAGGACGACAUCGACGAGCUGGACGAGGAGAUCCGCGACCGUAAGGUCUCUCCCGCUCCCACGGCCUUCUCCAACGCAUCCUCGGUCAACUAUCUCGGCGCCAUCAUCAAGAACGACCCAUUCAUCGAGCCUAUCGUCGAGCGCAAGCCGCAGACCCCUCGACGUCCCGCUACCUCCCCCGUCCGUCUGACUUCCGAGCAGGAAGCUUCGAUCGUCGCUCUCCGCCAAGCAGGCUGGACGAUGCCUGCCAUCGCGGACCACAUAGGUCGAUCGAAGAACACGGUCAACUCCUUCCUCCAGCGACGACAGGCCAAGAUGAACGCGAUCGUCGGCACUCUCCCCGGCUCUCAGGGAGUGGCCGCCCGCGCUCCUCGCGCUCCUCGUCGUCGCCCGUCUCAGCAGCAGCAGCGCAUUGCGGGUGGAAGCCGGGCCGCUCGCGCUCCGCAGUUCAACUUCAAGAACGAGUUUGAUGUCGACAUCAAGCCCCUGACCAAGAAGGAGGAGCCGAUGUAG